AUGGUCAUUGGGUGCAUCGUCCUCGUCGUUAAAGGCUCUGCAGCUGUUGGUGGUUUCAGUAACGCCUGGGGCAUAGCAGAGAAGAGAUCCCGGAUCAAGUUUGAUGAAUUCAGCUUCGAUCCCAAAACCACGCAUUCGGUGUGGGCAUAUGUAUUUGGAGCUGGGACCAUGUGGGUGGGUUCUUAUGGAACCCAGCAAGCGGAGGUUCAGAGGGCAUUAUCUUGUUCAAGUCUCAGAGGCGCUAAGAUGGCUCUUGGCAUCAACGCAGUGGGUUAUUUCUUGGUGUACGUUCUCCUGGUGAUGGUUGGAAUCAUAAUGUUCGCCUUUUACAGCGACUGUCACCCCGUCAGCUUUAACAUCAUAGACAAGGACGACCAGCUGCUUCCCCUGAUGGUGAUGGACAUCCUGGGAGAUGUGCCGGCGCUGCCAGGACUCAUAAUAUCCUCCAUACUGUGUGGGAGUCUCAGCACGAUUUCGAGUAUGCUGAACGCUCUCGGCACUGUGAUCCCGGAUCAACUCAUCAAGCCAUACUGCCUGAAGCACCUCUCAGAUAAAGGAGAAAUGAGACUAGCUAAAGUUUCAGUCCUGAACGGACCCAUGGGGGCGCUGAGCGGUUACUUGACUGGAAUUCUUAUCACAGGAUGGAUUUGUUUCGGAAGCUUCGUGCACAUGUCAACGUCGCAUGGAGUCAAAUUUUUAACUCACGGCUGCAAUUGGAACGCUACCUUCACCUCUAACAACAUAACCCCAACAACUACGACAGAGGCUCUGACGUCACAUGAUUCAAAGAACAUGUCAAAUACAACGCCUGACGACCCCUUCUACCCGAUGUAUCGCCUGUCCUACCUCUACUACUCACUGGUUGCUUUGUUUGUUGUCACCAUUGUCGGCUCCAUUGUCAGUUUCUUGACAGGUCCGGUCAAGUCUGAGUCCCUGGAACCUCGCCUGAUCUGUCCUUUGUUUGACAUGCUCUUCCCCUUCUUGCCAGAAUGUGUUCUCAAACCUCUCCGAUUUGGCAUCGUCCAUGAAGGGAAAUAUGCUGUAGCAGAUCCAGAUCAGGAUGUAGACGUGUCCGGGAUGAAUGAGAAGUUCAUACCUUUACGUGACUUGGCAGAGAACAAGAGUGGACACGCUGAAGAUACAACUUGGAACAAAAAAUUGUAG